AUGAGAAUAAACAAAACACUUGUCAUGUGGUCGCUUUGGCAACCUACCCCAAUUUUCGAAAACAUAAAUACACAAACAAGAACACAAAGCAGAACAGCGAUAAAUACAAAAAAGCAUGAAAGAGAAAGAUUUCGAAUGAAGGCGAAGGAUUAUUUACAAUCGUCAGUUAAUUUUAUGGUGUUGCGAGUUGAUAUUUGGCUUCAUCAAUGCGAGAAAUAUUUUUACGCGAUCGUAAAAAUUGAAAAUGGUUUUAGUUUUCAUCAGUUAGGUAUAGAACGAUAA